AUGGACGAGAGGAGGAAGAGAAAGGCAAAGGACCAGCUAUCUCCGUACUCAAACCCCGACGAGGAGAAUGACCGGCACAACACAGCUAUAGAGCCGUCUCCAUCAGCGAGUAGGAAGAGAGCUAAAGCAAGGGUUGGGGAUCUGGGAACGAUUGCAGACUCGGGUCCGCUAAAGGGGGUGCUGAGCUCUGUGAAUAUCCUGAAGCCAAGGAUAAGAAGUGACAGGAUAAGUGGGUUGAACAGAUGCUUUGUCAACGCUGUGCAGAAGGUAGUGGAGAAGGAGUCGAACAAGAGCCUUCUGUAUCUGUUUAGGCAGUAUGAGAAGUACUACGAGGAGCUGAAUGAGGCAAGCGAUUAG